UCGCUUCAAACUCUUAUUGGCGCAUACUCAUGUCAAUCAUCUCUUCAUCACUGUGAUUGGUCAGUACAUGUGCUUGCGCUGUAGAGCCAGUGUAGAGUCUGAAGCGAAUGUUUCAGCGAUUAACUGCGAUAAAGGAGACGUAUAUUGUGUGACAUCAUGACAACACUUGAUGAUAAGAUUCUUGGGGAGAAGCUGCAGUAUUACUACAGCAGCAGUGAGGAUGAUGAGAGCGACCAUGAGGAAGAGGAGAACGCAUCCAAAACCAUCCGCGACCCGGAGGUGCUGGAUGUGGAACUGGAGUACAGUGCAGAUGGCAGUUCGGUCAACACUGGGCCGAAAGGAGUGAUUAAUGACUGGCGUAAAUACAAGCAGCUGGAGAACGAGCAGCGCGUGGAGCAGCAGAAAGAGAUGGAGCGACUCAUCAAGAAACUCAGCAUGACCUGCAAGUCGCAUAUGGAGGAAGAAGCCGACAGACAGAAACAGAAGGAGCUACAGGAUAAGAUCGCAAACAAAAUGAACCUCCGUGUGGAUGAAGAAGAAGAGGAGGAUGAUGAUGAUGAUGAAGCCUUCCUCCAGCAGUAUCGUCUGCAGCGCAUGGAGGAGAUGCGGCGACAGCUGUGUGGAGGGCGCCGCUUUGAAAAGGUGAUUGACAUCUCUUCGGGGGAGGAGUUCCUGCACGCCGUAGAUGAGGAGGGCAAGAACACUCUGGUGCUGGUCCACAUCUUCGAGCCAGAGGUGCCUGCCUGCCAGGCCAUGGAUGGAAGCCUGCUCUGCCUCGCACUGCAGUACCCAAUGGUGAAGUUCUGUCGGGUCCGGGGCUCUGCGGUCGGCACCAGCGCUCUUUUCCGCAGUUCAGCUUUGCCAGCCCUACUGCUGUACCGCGGCGGUGAGCUGGUGGGGAAUCUGGUGCGUGUGUCCGAUCAGCUCGGAGAUGAUUUCUACGCCACAGACGUCGAAGCUCUGCUGCAGGAAUACGGGCUUCUUCCAGAGAAAUACACGCAGCCAAACACGCACUCGUCUAUUCGCAAUGCCGCUGUCACUCACCCUACCGAUUCCGACAGCGACCUGGAUAUAGACUAAAUCCGUAAUGUGUGUGUACAUACAUGCACACCAACACAUAGAUACAGAAAAAUAUACACUCUUGUAUACAUCCACAUAGUGAUUCAGACCCAAUACAGUGACCAAAAACAAACAACGGUUGCAGCUCAGAAAAAUGUGAGAUACACUACUGUAAACUCGGGAUUUAGGCAUUUCACUGAUCAUGAUUACUGGACCAAUACAGUAGAUAUCAUUAGAUGUAUUUAUGUGUGUGUCAUUUCAGACGCUUCCAGAAUCGGGAGUGUUUCUUUAUGCAAUCAAAAAUGCAAAACCCUUCAGAGAAUCCUGCAUCGAUGUUUCACUAUUUAUUAUAGUUUUAGAUUUAUAUGUUUGUUUAUUUGUGUUUUCGACAUAUUAGUUUGCUUUACCCUCUGUUAGUUUUAUACAUUUUGUAAACAUAUCCAUCAAGACAAAUGCAAAAAUAAAAACAUGAUUCUAAAUUGA